AUUUGUAAAAAGUGUUGCCUAAUUAAACGACCGACCCACAAAUGGUUGCAAUUGCAACGUCAAGAAUAUGUUUGUAAAUAAAUUACAUUGGGGAAUAGUCUUUUUGGUGUUGCUGAGCUUCACAAUAUCAGAUAAUAUUGAUUUCGAGGAUUUAAAACUGUGUCAAGGGGAAUAACUCUCUUGAAAGAGUUAAGUCCCUUUUCAAAAUGGCCACCUUACAAGUUUUGUGUCCGAAUGGGAGAAGACAAAAUGUGAAAAUUACACCAAAUUCAAAGCUUUUACAAGUGCUUGAGGAAGUUUGUAAGAAACAAGGAUAUCUGCCCCCUGAAGACUAUAACUUGAUACAGGGCAGAAAGACCCUAGAUCUAACACUAGCCUUUAGAUACUGUGGUUUGGUGAAUAACAGUAAGUUAGAAUUAGUCAAGUCAUCAAGUUCCAGGGCAGAAGAAGAUGUGCUGAUAGCUUUACAAUUAGAAGAUGGAAGUCGACAACAAGCUUCAUUUAAACCUUCUAUUACAUUAUGGGAUAUUUUAUUACACUGGGAAAAUCAACCUAAUAGCCCAUAUAAAGAUAAGCUGACCACUAUAAAUGACAGUGAAGCUAGUGUUAAACAUCCUGUGUGCAUUUACAUGAGAGAAGAGGUUAUAGGUGAAACAGCACUAAGAAAUACAACUUUAAAACAGUUAGGUCUUACUGGUGGAAAAGCUGUUAUCAGAAUGGUACAUAGAGCAGUUGAUGAUCAUACUUUAGCUAAAAUCAUUCAAGACGUGGAAAAAUCUAAUGCUAAAAAAGUAAAAUUAGAGGAUAUAGCCAGUCAAAAAUACCUUGAACAACAGAAUCAACUAGUUACACAGUUAACUAGUAGUGGUGACAAGACAACCGAUACUAGUAGUGAAACUAGAGUCACUCAAAACAUGGACACUACAUCUCAUAGUGAAGCUAGGCCUAAUAUUGGUAGUGAAAAUCUAGAACCAAUGGAGGUUGAUUCUAUGACUAGUAACCGAUCUGGGUCGAGUUUGUCCAUGACUAAUCAACCAGAUAGUACUAUUAGUACAACCAGCACUACCACUGAUAAUAGUAUCAAUAGACUAAGGGAAAUGAAUAUACCUGGUGUAGACAUUUUUACUCCUCAGGAUUUUGCUGAUUUAUCUCCUCAAGAACAAGCUAUAGCUACUAGAUUAGCUCAUAGAUUUGUACCAGGUUUGAUGAGAAGUAAUCAUCAGACAGCAGUAUCUUCCUCUACCCAAUCACGACACCAGCCUAGACAGAUAGCUCCUAAUUUGACUGAAUUCAAGUUUCCUGAAGAAACCAAGGGUAAAGAUGUCUAUCACAAUGAAUUGAGUGCUGUCAAUAGAGAGGAAUUUAAGCCAUGUGAUAGAGAGAGUAUCUUAUAUUCAUUAGAAGAAACAUUGAUAACAUCCAAGGCUGCAGCAGAAGAAUUGUCUGAUGAUUUUUUUGAAUUAAAUGAGAAUGAUUUAAGAAUAAUGAUGACAGAUUUACAGAAAAAAGUUGAAUCCAUGGAUAAUGAAAUGUUGAUGACGAAAGCUUUAAGACAAGCUGCUUUAGAAGAAAAAUAUAAUAAAUAUGAAAAAGUUAUAAUUAGAAUACAGUUUCCAAAUAAAUUAGUUUUACAAGGUUUAUUCCGACCCAGAGAAACAGUGUUUGCAAUAAAUAAAUAUGUGAAAGAAAACUUAGAAGAUAAAAAUAUGUCAUUUUAUCUGUAUACUACCCCUCCUAAAACUGUUUUAAAAGAUCAAAGUCAAACUUUAUUAGAGGCUAAUUUAGUACCAGCAUCUUUAAUACAUUUUGGUUCUGAUAUGGAGCAUGAUAGCUAUGUUACUUUACCAUUAAUAAGUUCUAUAUCACCAAGGUUAAAAGCUGAAGAAUUGGUAGCUAAAUGUUUAAAAUCUGAUGAAAUUUCCUCUGCAUGCAGUGAUAAUAAAAAAUCUCAAACAUCUAGAAUUUCAAAUAUAGCUGGAUCUUCUUCUAGCAGCUCAAGUGAACCAAAGGUUCCAAAAUGGUUGAAAUUAGGGAAGAAAUAAAGUUACUAGUCUUUGAACAGAAGGUUUUGAUGGGCUUUCAUAUUCAUAGUUCUUCUUCAGUAUGUGCUACAUAAUCAAUUUGUGAAUAUAGGAAAUACUUAUGGAUCAAGACAGCUUUGUUUUCUAUUGGAGCUUAAACAGUAGCUUAUUGUCUGUGUCAGCUGUAUCAUUGUCUGUAUUGGUUGUUCUGAUCUGAUUAUCUAAAGUACUGUUGCAGUCACUGGUGGAUUGUUUGAGCAUUAUCAAGUGAUGAAGGAGAAAUAAGAUAAUAAUACAGCCAGGUGUAUUUUGUAUGUUUAACUGAAACUGUGCUUGGUAUAACCUACCAAUAUGUCCUGACCUGUAGUAAUUAUGUGUAUGUUAUAGUGUAGACUACUGACUUUAUUUGUUUCCAUCUUCCACAUUAUAAAGUGUGGGUCUGACAGAGAUGUGAGAUAAGGGGUCAGUUAAUAUUCACUAAAUACUGUUAAAUUAAAAUAACCAAUACGCCUAAACUUUGCGAUUUUUUAUUAAUAUUAUUUAAUAGAGAAAAUGUGAAUAAGAUUAUGUAUUUAUAACUAUAGGGAAGGUUGCCUUGUUAUAUGAUUUAUAUUGUUAAAUUAAACAUAGAAAAGAC